AUGCGAUUUCUCUUGCGAGUGAGCUGCUGGCAGUAUCGCCAGCUCUCAGCUCUGGACUGGACUCCGAGGCCCACCUGGCCGGAUAAGGCGCACAGGCUGGGAUACCAGGCCAAGCAAGGUUAUGUCAUCUACCGCAUUCAUGUGCACCUUGACUGUCGCAAAUGGCUGGUGCCCAAGGGAACAACGUAUGACAAGCCCGGUAUCAACCAGCUCAAGUUUUCCCAGAACCUUCAGUCUGUGGCUGAGGAACGAGCUGGAUGCCACUGCGGGGCUCUGAGAAUCCUGAAUUCUUACUGGGUUGGUAGAGGUUCUACAUACAAAUUCUUCGACGUUAUCCUCAUCGAUCCAUUUCAUAAAGCUAUCAGAAGAAAUCCUGAUACCCAGUGGAUCACAAAUCCAGUCCACAAGCACAGAGAGAUGCUAGGGCUGAUUUCUGCAGGCCGCAAGAGCUGUGGUCUUGGAAAGGGUCACAAAUUCUACCACACUAUUUGUGGCUCUCACAAUGCAGCUUGGAGAACGCACAAUACUCUCUAG